AUGCUAAUUGAUCAAAGACAAUUAAGUUUAACUUCCAAAGGAUCAAAAUUAUUUCAACAAAUAAAUCGUUCAAUAAUUAUGGUGUUGGCAUCUAUUAUCAUAAUUAGUCUUACAAUAACAACGAUAACAUUUGCUAUGUUAUGGAAUCGCUCAAAAUCGUCAUCAAAUUAUAUGAAUUCUGUUCAUAAAGGUACAAUAGGUUAUCCUAUUCGUUUACCCAAUGAUGGAAAAUAUAUUCAAUGGACAUUUUUACAAUUAAAUGAUGUCUAUGAAAUGCUUCCAUUAGAUCAAGGCCGAAAAGGUGGUUUAGCUCGUGUUGCUCGUGUUCGACAAUUAUUAUUAGAAGAAAAUCCUCGAACAUAUACAGUUUUAGUUGGUGAUUUUCUUUCACCAUCAGCAUUAAGCCAGUCAGAAAUAAAUGGAACAAUAUUAAAUGGACGACAAAUGAUUGCAUCUAUGGAUACAUUAGGAAUUGAUUUUGUUAUAUUUGGUAAUCAUGAAUUUGAUUUAGAUGAAAGAGAAUUAAUAUCAAGAAUAAAUGAAUCAAAAUUUUCAUGGAUUAGUACAAAUGUUUAUAAAAGUGGAACAGAUCAACCAUUUUCAUCAACGAUCCGAUAUAAAAUCUUAACAAUUGACAAAAUAAAUAUUCUGUUAAUUGGUUUAACAAUCAAUGUAGAUAGAUCAUAUAUUCGUAUUAUCAAUCAAACAUCACUUAUUCCAUUUGUUCAACAAUUUCUUAAAUCAAUAUCAAAUAUAGAAUAUGAUGUUUUAGUUGCAUUAACUCAUUUAAGUCUGAAAAUUGACAUACAACUUGCAGAAAAUAUACCAGAAAUUGAUUUAAUAUUGGGUGGACAUGAACAUGAAAAUUAUUUUUUAUCACGAGGUGUUAAAUAUACUCCAAUAACAAAAGCUGAUGCAAAUGCAUUUACUGUUUAUAUACAUCGGUGUGCUUUUAAUCUUGAUACCAAACGAUUUCUUGUUUAUCAAACAUUAACACAAAUAAAUUCCGAAAUAGAAGAUGAACCAAAAACAGCUGAAGUUGCUAAUUAUUGGUAUGAUUUAGGUAUGAAAGGUUUUCAACAAAUUGGACUUCAACCUAAUAAAACAGUAUCUUGUUUACCAUCGAAUAUUGAAUUAGAUGGUCGUUCAACAUCAAUAAGAAAUUUUCCAACAUUAUUAACAGAUUGUGCAUGUCAAAGUAUAUUAAAAUCAACAUCUAUAAAUGGAACAAAAAUAGCAGUUUUUGUUUCAGGAUCAAUACGUAUUGAUGAUAUUCUUCGGGGAACAAUAACACAAUAUGAUAUAUUACGUGUUUUUCCUUUAAAGGAUGAUCUUUGGUCUCUUUCUGUACCUGGUUCAUAUCUUGCUAAGGUAUUAACUAGUGUCAUAUCACUGAAAGGUACUGGAAGAUUUCCUGCAUAUUGUGGAAUUCAAACUCUUGAUCAAGGCAAUACUUGGAUAGUAGAUGAUUUAGAUAUUUCUAAAACUAAUCUUAAUUAUACUAUUGCCACAAUGACUUAUCUCAAAGAUGCAGAACUCAACAAUCCAGCUGUUACUAUUAUGCAACAUUUCAAUAUAACACAAAGACAAAGUUUAAUGGAAUAUUUGCCAUUAAUAUAUCCACCAUGUCGUCAUCUAGGUGGUGUUAUGACAAUGCAAUGUCGUUUAAGUAGCUUAAAACAUGAUAUGGCUGACAUACAAUCUAAAUUUGAUCAAUUAGAAACUGAAGCAUCAAUAUUAGAAAAAUAUCAUUCUGAUAAAGCAAAAUCUAUUGGUGAACAAACUGAAUUACUAAAAUUUUUACGUGAUCUUGACCAUUUUUCGACAUGGUUAACACGUACACAAGCAUCAGUUGCUAGUGAAGAUAUACCAAAUACAUUAAAUGAAGCUGAACAAUUGUUAAAUCAACAUCAAACAAUAAAAGAAGAAAUUGAUUGUUAUGGUCCUGGUUAUGCACAAAUGAAAGAAUAUGGUCAUCGUAUUAUAUGUAAUGCUGAUACAACAGAUCCAAAAUAUAUAUUUUUACGUGAACGUUUAAAUGCACUUUAUGAUAAUUGGAAUGAACUUGAUCAGAUGUGGCAUCACAAAAAGAAUAUGUUAACUGAAGCUAUGCAAUAUCAAAUGUUUAUUCGAGAUUCUAAUCAAGCAGAAAUUUUAUUAAAUCAUCAAGAAGCUUAUUUAGCACGUGAACAACAACCAAAAUCAUUAGAUGAUGUUGAAGUUUCAAUUAAAAAACAUAAAGAUUUUUUUACAACAAUGUCAGCUAAUGGAGAUCAAAUAUAA